UGGGCGGAAGUUUUCUUUAGAGACCGAGGGUCGGGGAUUCGUUGUCCCCGGCCGGGAGGCAAGACCCCAAUUUGGGGAUGGGGGAGAGAAGCGUGGGAACUGGCGGCCCCCCGAACUAGUAAAGGCUGGCGGCCCGGGGCGCGGCCUACCCGGGGGUCCCCUGUGUGCGGCACAGUCCCCCGCAACUCGGCCGCCCGCCUGCCGCCUCCUGUAACCCCGGGCGCCCGCCAGCGGCGCAGCUCGUGCCAAUUCUCGAACGGCUCCACGCCGGGUGCGGCGCUAGACUGCGGAGCCAGCCCGGCCCCUGCGCAAUUUGCGUAGCGAACGGCGCCCGCGCAGGCGCAGGAGGGGGCGGAGCAGCGGGAGCCGGGGAGCCGGAGCCCCGGGUCCCCACGAUCUGAGCCGGCUCUCCCAGCAGCGGCCUGAGGACCUGGCAUCCGCCUCCUCCCGCCCCUUGACGCUGGAGAGUGGACGCGGUGGAGGGGUGGGGCGGGGGCAGCCUCCGAGAAUUCCGAGGACAGAAGGCAGAGGCUCUCCCCAUCCGCAUUAUUGGAGGAGAGAGCCUCCCCCAACUUGGGGAGGGGGAGAGCGGGGCAUUGGGCGCCCCCGAUAGCGGCCGCUGCCCUGGGCCAACGGGCAUCGGCCGGCUCUCCCCCUCCAGCCAGGACGACACGAGCGAUUCAGGCCAGGGACUCCUUUCCUUGGGCCUCUGCUUCCCUCCAUCACUGGCUCUGGGGUAGGCCCAGGGAGGAGACACCACCAACCCUCAACCGAUCUGCCCUGGAGAGAAGAAACUGCCCUUCCAUGCCCCUGAGUGAGGGGCCUGGGGCCCAGGCUGCCCAUGUUCCCCAAGGGCAGGGGUCUCUCUGUUGAGGAGGAGAGGGAUUCAGGCCUCCCUCCCUGACAUGGAGAGUAACCUGUCUGGCCUGGUGCCUGCUGCCGGGCUGGUGCCUGCGCUGCCACCUGCUGUGACCCUGGGGCUGACAGCCGCCUACACCACCCUGUAUGCCCUGCUCUUCUUCUCCGUCUAUGCCCAGCUCUGGCUGGUGCUCCUGUAUGGGCACAAGCGUCUCAGCUAUCAGACGGUGUUCCUGGCCCUCUGUCUGCUCUGGGCUGCCUUGCGUACCACCCUCUUCUCCUUCUACUUCCGAGAUACUCCCCGAGCCAACCGCCUGGGGCCCUUGCCCUUUUGGCUUCUCUACUGCUGCCCUGUCUGCCUGCAGUUCUUCACCCUGACGCUUAUGAACCUCUACUUUGCCCAGGUGGUGUUCAAGGCCAAGGCAAAGCGUCGGCCAGAGAUGAGCCGAGGCUUGCUGGCCGUCCGAGGGGCCUUUGUGGGGGCCUCGCUGCUCUUUCUGCUGGUGAACGUGCUGUGUGCUGUGCUCUCCCACCGGCGCCGGGCACAGCCCUGGGCCCUGCUGCUUGUCCGAGUCCUGGUGAGCGACUCCCUGUUCGUCAUCUGUGCGCUGUCUCUUGCUGCCUGCCUCUGCCUUGUCGCCAGGCGGGCCCCCUCCACUAGCAUCUAUCUGGAGGCCAAGGGGACCAGUGUGUGCCAGGCGGCCGCCAUGGGUGGUGCCAUGGUCCUGCUCUAUGCCAGCCGGGCCUGCUACAACCUGACAGCACUGGCCUUGGCCCCCCAGAGCCGUCUGGACACCUUCGAUUACGACUGGUACAAUGUGUCUGAUCAGGCGGACCUGGUGAAUGACCUGGGGAACAAAGGCUACCUAGUGUUUGGCCUCAUCCUCUUCGUGUGGGAGUUGCUGCCAACCACCCUGCUGGUGGGCUUCUUCCGGGUGCACCGGCCCCCACAGGACCUGAGCACCAGCCACAUCCUCAACGGGCAGGUCUUUGCCUCCCGGUCCUACUUCUUCGACCGGGCUGGGCACUGUGAGGACGAGGGCUGCUCCUGGGAACACAGCCGGGGUGAGAGCACCAGCAUGUCGGGCAGCCUAGGCUCUGGGAGCUGGUAUGGCACCAUCGGGCGUGAGCCAGGCUGGUAUGGGGGCAGCCAGACGAAGACCACUCCUCUGCUCUUCUCCCAGGUUCCAGGACCAGGCGGCCACCACCACAGUCUCUACUCCACCCCACAGACGUGAUCCCCCUCUCUCUCCCCACAGAAUACCCAGGCCCCAGUCCCCCUCACCCUAGGCCCCUGUGCCAAGUUCAUCUGCCACUUCUUGCCCAGGAACCUGGGGGUCGUGACUGCCCCCUCCUCUGGCCGGCUCCUUGCUGCUCCUGUCAUAGUGAGCUUGUGCCAUCCCCCUAGGAUGGGGGCGUGGCCCUGGCUGCCAGAUGCCCACAGCGCCCUGGCAUGACCUGCCGCCCCUUCUACACCGGAGCCAGCUGCCUUUCCUGUGCCUGCCACUCAAUAAACAGUGUCUCCACCCCA